AAGCUGUCUGGCUAAUUUGUAUCUCUACGAGAUCGCGACCCCUUCUAUCUAUUAAUCAGAUGUUCGAACUGAUCACACAACACACCACAACAUCACAACCAUGCCCCCUCCCGUCGGCAGAUACGGGCCCUCAGGCCUAAGCGCCCCCUACGCCCAACAACUCCAACAAGCCCAUCUCCAGCACCAGCAGCAACAACAGCAACAACAACAACAGCAGCAGCAGCAAUCUCAACAUCACCCCGCAGCUCACCCCCCGUCCGCCAACUCCGCUCUCCCCCCUCCCUCUCUAGGCGGUCACCCGGGCUUCGCAGCGGCAAACCCAAACACCAACAUCAACCCGUUCACUCUGUCCGGCGCCGCGGGCAUCACAAACGGCAUGUCUGUCGGUGGAUUUGCGGGUGCGGCGGCGGCCGCUGCAGUGGGUGGAGCUGGAGCUGGUGGUGAUGGUGGGGGGACUGGGUUGGCUAGCCAUGCGGCGCAGAUGGGGUUUGCGAGGGGGGCGCAGAUGCAGCAGCAGCAGUUACAUCAGGGGCAUGAUGGGCGGUUGGCAUUGGAAAAUAAGGCUGGGGCGGCGGUUAAGACGCGGAUACGGGAUGUGUGGAAGCAUAAUUUGGCGCAGGAGAUGGCUGUGCUGAGGCAUUUGGUUGAGAAGUAUCCGUACAUUAGUAUGGAUACUGAGUUCCCCGGAAUCGUCGCUCGUCCUAUCGGUGCCUUUACGAACAAAGCGGACUACCACUACCAGACCCUUCGAUGUAACGUCGAUUUGUUAAAGAUGAUCCAGCUGGGUAUCACGCUUUUCUCCGCGGAGGGUGAGGUUCCUCCGCCCAACGCGACAGAUCCCAAUGGACAUCCGUAUGGGAACAACUUGGUGCCUGCUCCGUGCACGUGGCAAUUCAACUUUAAGUUCUCAUUGGAGGAUGAUAUGUACGCACAGGAGUCGACGGCCAUGCUCGCCAAGGCUGGCAUCGACUUUGCCACACACGACAAGAACGGGAUUGAUCCUUUCGAGUUCGGAGCAUUGCUUAUCAGCUCGGGUCUGGUUUUGCUGGAGGACGCCCACUGGAUCUCGUUCCAUUCCGGUUACGACUUUGGCUACCUGAUGAAGAUUAUGCUUUGCAACCCCCUUCCGGACAAGGAGGAGGAUUUCCACAAACUCCUUAACAUAUUCUUCCCCUCGUUGUACGACAUUAAAUACCUAAUGAAGCACGCCGGUCGCAAUCAAGCCGUAAACGACACGCCUUUAACACCCGUUGCCGCUCAGAUCCUUACGAACCUCGGCCAGAAGUCCGGCCUCCAAGAUAUUGCCGAUGAACUGGGUGUUAAACGGGUUGGCAUCGCCCACCAGGCCGGGUCGGAUUCUCUCGUCACCGGAGAAAUUUACUGGAAGAUGCGCCAGAUCGUCUUCAAUGGUAGCAUUGACGAGAACAAGUACUCAGGCCAGAUCUGGGGUCUGAACGGCCAGAUGCCUGCGUUUACGUACCACAUGGGACCUCACCAAACGCCAAACCUAAACGGAGCCACCAUCUACACAGCCACCGGGACGCCUAGCACACCUAAUGCGCACACACCUCAGCACCAUAGUCUCGGUAUGGGUGCCUUGACUCCAGGGGGUGGACUCAUGGGAGCUUUCCAAGCGGCCAAGUCGUAGGCAAGCAUUGUUCACGUAUUCUGGGUUUGGAUCCGGUGGGAGGAGUUAAUGUUUCUUUUCUUCCUUUGUUCUCCAAUUAUUUUCAUCCUGUCUCCUUUUGGGGUGAUUGUCGUCAUUUGAUCUUCUGUUAGCCACGAUGACUGGUUGGGAAACGUGGAAUCCAUACGAUCUGAUGCAUGUACAUAGCGCGGCACAUUGUGCUGAUCUUGUCAUUUCCUUUCUGCAUUUUUGUUACCGUUCCGUGUCUCGGUAUCUGGUUCGUCCCUUCGUCCAUGGGGCCAUGGGGUCAUGCCAUUGGCUUGCCUUGGACAGGUAGGUGUUCAUGGAGGGGGUGUACGGUGUUAGUUCUUAGGGCUGGCAAUGAAUUGUUUCUACUGUUGAAUGUUGAUAGGUAUGCACGGAGUAUUAUCGGUCGUACGCAGGCGG